CCUCUCCUCACGCCGCACCGCAGUUGGGAGCCAGCUCCCGACCCUUAUCAAACCCUAAACCAGAAAAAUACCUCAAAAAAAUCCGCAAAAACCCGAAAAAAAACCUAUCUUUUGCUGAUGGCGGCGCAGGCACCGAGCUCCGCGUCCGAGGGCGGCUCACCGGCCGCGUCGGCAGCCGCGGCGGCGGCGGCCGCGUCGGCGUUCCCGGCAACGUCGCUCUACGUGGGGGACCUCGACGUCAGCGUGCAGGACGCGCAGCUCUUCGACGUCUUCGCCCAGAUCGGAGGCGUCGUGUCCGUGCGCGUCUGCAGGGACGUCACCACGCGCAAGUCGCUCGGCUACGCCUAUGUCAACUACAACACCCCCGCUGACGCUGCACGUGCUCUUGAAAUGCUCAACUUCACUCCUAUCAACGGGAGGCCUAUCAGGAUAAUGUAUUCUAACCGUGACCCCAGCCUGCGCAAGAGUGGCAAUGCAAAUAUAUUUAUUAAGAAUCUUGACAAGUCAAUAGAUAACAAAGCUUUGUCUGAUACAUUCUGUGUGUUCGGAAACAUCCUUUCUUGUAAAGUUGCAACAGAUGCUUCCGGAGAAUCAAAGGGCUAUGGCUUCGUGCAGUAUGAGAGGGAUGAGGCUGCUCAUGCUGCUAUUGAGAAACUCAAUGGUAUGCUUAUGAAUGACAAGAAGGUGUAUGUUGGGCCUUUCGUUCGCAAGCAGGAGAGGGAUAAUUCUCCAGGCAAUGUCAAGUUCAACAAUGUUUUUGUGAAGAACCUGGCUGAGACUACCACUGAAGAUGACCUCAAGGAAAUCUUUGGAAAAUUUGGAACCAUAACAAGUGUUGUUGUAAUGCGGGAGGGGGAUGGAAGAUCCAAGUGCUUUGGGUUUGUCAAUUUUGAAAGUCCAGAUGAAGCUGCUCUGGCUGUUCAAGACUUGAAUGGCAAGAAAUUUGGUGAGAAGGAAUGGUAUGUCGGAAGGGCGCAGAAGAAGUCAGAAAGGGAGAUGGAAUUGAAAGAGAAGUUUGAAAAGAACCUUCAAGAGGCAGCAGAUAAGUAUCAAAACACCAACUUGUAUCUGAAGAACUUGGAUGAUACUGUUGAUGAUGAGAAGUUGCGAGAACUUUUUGCUGAGUAUGGCACUAUUACUUCCUGCAAGGUUAUGCGGGAUUCAAACGGUGCAAGCAGAGGUUCUGGAUUUGUUGCUUUUAAAACUGCCGAAGAGGCUUCCCGAGCUCUCUCUGAAAUGAACAACAAGAUGGUUGGCAAUAAACCACUUUAUGUUGCACUUGCACAGCGCAAGGAAGACAGGAAAGCAAGGCUGCAGGCACAAUUUUCACAAAUGCGUCCUGUUCCAAUGGCUCCAAAUGUUGGUCCUCGCAUGGCCAUGUUUCCUCCUGGUGUUCCUGGAGUUGGUCAGCAGCUAUUUUACGGUCAGCCACCUCAAGCUUUUAUGAACCCUCAGCCUGGUUUUGGCUUCCAGCAACCUCUGAUGCCCGGGAUGAGGCCAGGUGGAGGCCCGAUGCCAAACUUUAUGAUGCCUAUGGUGCAGCAAGGACAACAACAACGCCCAGCUGGUAGGCGUGCUGGUCCUGGUGGAAUGCAGCAACCCAUGCCAAUGGGUCAGCAGCAGAUGAUUGCUAGGGGUGGUGGUGGUCGUGGCUACCGCUACCCAAGUGGACGCGGCAUGCCCGAUCCUGCUAUGCAUGGUGUUGGGGGUGUGAUGCCUUCCCCAUAUGAGAUGGGAGGAAUGCCUAUGAGAGAUACGGCUGUGUCGCAGCCUAUUCCAAUAGGUGCAUUAGCUACUGCACUUGCGAAUGCGCCCCCGGACCAGCAAAGAAUGAUGCUUGGUGAGAACUUGUACCCUCUUGUUGAUCAGCUGGAGCAUGACCAGGCUGCAAAGGUGACUGGCAUGCUUCUGGAGAUGGACCAGACUGAGGUGCUUCACCUGCUUGAGUCUCCGGAUGCUCUGAAGGCCAAGGUUGCUGAAGCCAUGGAGGUUCUCCGCAGCGCUCAGCACAACACCAAUCAGUCCCCCGAGCAGCAGCUGGCUUCUCUCUCUCUGAAUGACGGCCUCAUCUCUUCCUAAGCUGGGCGGUCAAUUUUUGCACCAUAUCAACUUUAUCUAGACUUUAAAUGUUUAUUGGAGAUUUAGCGUUUGCCAGUAGCUGAACUAGUUGUUUUAGUCUUUCUAUGGAUUUGUCUUGUCUUAUUUGCAUGGAUUGGUUAUGUUGGUAAAAGCUGUCAUCAGUUUGGUACUGAAUCUAUCUAUCUGGCGGUUGUCUCUA